AUGUUCUGCCGGUGCAGACGGAAGGUGGCGUCAGUGGGUUCGUCGGAGACGCGCCUACAUAUCAACGCACCGAUUUGCCAUUUUCCGGACACUGCGGGCGGAUGUGUUUGGAUCAGAUCGGCAGACUACAGAGCGCAGCUGGGCAGGUGGUGGGUCGGGUCAGCCACCGCGCCAUCGCAGAAGCAGUCAAGGCAAUCGAGAGGGGGAGGCGAAAGGAACGAAGGCGCGGAGAGAUACUUUGCAGGGAUAGCAGAAAGCAUGGCUCUUCGGUUGGCCGCGGAGAGAUGCUGUGUGGGGAAGACCGCCACCCGGUCCUUUGCUACCGCCGCCUCUAAGGCGACCGCCGCUUCCGCGAGCCACGACCCGCCGCUGAAGCUUUACGGCAUCCCCGCCCGUUACGCGAACGCCACCUACUCGGCGGCGUCCAAGGCUGGGGAGCUUGAGAUCGUGCAAAGAGACCUGGACGCCUUUCAGCACAUCAUCCGCAACAACGCCAACUUCAAGGCGUACCUGACCAACCCCACGGUGUCGCGGAGCGCGAAGGUGGAGAUGGUUGACAAGGCCUUCGACGCCAAGUCCAAGACCUCCUCCGUGACGAAGAACCUGCUUCUGGCCAUGGCGGGGAACGCCAGGCUGGCGGACGCCGAAAAGGUGAUCGACGCGUACACCCGCAUGCUGAAGGCAAAGAAGGGGGAGAUCGAUGCCAUCGUCACUACCGCGGAGCCCCUUACCCCCCAGCAGGAGAAGGCCCUGGCGGCCGGCCUCAAGGCGCAGAUCGGCGCGAACGAGACCAUCGUCCUCAAGACGGAGGUCAACCCGGCGCUGGUGGGAGGCUUGACGGUGCAGAUCGGGGACAAGUUCAUGGACCUCUCGAUUUCGAGCAAGAUCGCGUCCAUGAAGACUCUCAUGCAAGACUCGGUCGCGAGCUAAAAGGGUCAGAAUAGGUGGAGGCAUCGGCAAGGCGCUAUUUUUUUUGGAAAUUAGGACUGCUGUGAAUGUGCUCUUCUGGGAAGCAAGGCGGGGCGGGCGGAAAAUAUCGGCGUCUGUUGGCAUGCUGAACUUCGUACGGUACCUCAUGCGGAUGACACAGUUCCAGGCUACCCAAGGCUGAUGUUACUACAAUGUAUCUUGCCCGAAUGCACCGCCGUUGGGGUGCACUGGUAGGGCAGGCCCUACCGCACGACGCUUUAAUGAUAGGAUAAGGACGAGGGCUGCGGAGGAACAAGCCGUGUACUCUUGUUCGCCAACAGCCGUGUUCCCGAUUCUUCGGUUUGGCCCAAAGAGGCUGAUGGGCGAAUACGGCAAGAGUUUUGAUUUUUUUCGUUGUCGAAAAUGGACAGAGUGAACAUGUUCUUUUUCGUUGUCGAAAAUGGAC